AUGAGCAGUGAGGAAGAUGAGGAAGACGAGGAAGAUGAUGGAGCUAUUUUUGAUGAGUUGGAUUUAGGUACUGAUGCUGGAAUUGAUUGGACGACAAUUCUCCCUACGGUUCUAACACAAAACCCUUCAAGUAUGGAUGUCACUUCUGAUAAUGACAGUUGUGAUUCAGACGUGCUUCGUACUCCACCGGAUAGUGAUGCCGAAGAUGUGAUAAAGGAGUAUCCAACUUUUAAGAAAUGUACAAAAUUUGAAUUAGGGAUGAUGUUCAAGGAUAAAGAUCAAAUCAAAGAUGCCAUCAAGGAGUUCGCAAUGGAGAAAAACAAGAGUCUGGUGAUCAAGAAAAAUGACAAGAGUAGAGUUGUUGUCAAAUGUAUUAAAGGAUGUCCAUUUCAUAUUAGGUUUUGCAAGAGGUCUACCAACCAAUUUUGGCAAGUUGUUAGCUUCGUUGAUCAACAUACUUGUCAUAGGACAGCCAAGAAUAGACAAGCGACAACACAAUGGUUAGCUCACAAAUUUGUUGAUACUUUAAGGCAAACUCCUGAAAUGAAAAGUAAAGGCCUGGUUGCAGAAGGUCUUCAAAGGUGGGCCGUAAAGUUGUCAAGCCAUCAAGCAUAUAGAGCCAAGAGGAAGGCAAUAGAAUUGAUUCAAGGUGCUGAUCGCGAACAGUUUAACCAUCUAAGGAGUUAUGCCGAGGAGUUGUUAAGGUCAAAUCCAAACUCUACUGUUAUCAUUAAGUCUGUAGAUUCAGCUGCAGGUCCUGUAUUUGAAAGAAUAUAUGUAUGCUUAGAAGCAUGUAAGGCAGCGUUUACAACUACGUGUAGAACUUUAAUUGGAUUAGAUGCCUGUUUUCUAAAAGGGGAAUAUGGAGGUCAGUUAAUAGGUGUUGUUGGUAAGGAUGGAAAUAACAAGAUUUAUCCAAUUGCUUAUGCCGUCGUUGAAGCUGAAACGACGGACUCUUGGCAAUGGUUUCUGAAGUUAUUACUUGAUGACUUAAAUUUCGUGCAACAAAUGGAUUAUGGGUUUAUAUCUGAUCAACAUAAGGGUUUGGUACCGGCUAUUCUAGAGACAAGCCAACAUGUUGAACAUCGGCUGUGCGUUAAACACUUGUAUGGCAAUUGGAGGAAGAAAUAUCCUGGGAUAAUAAUGAAGGAAGCGCUAUGGAGGGCAACUCGGGCCACAACAGUACCUAGAUGGCAAAGAUCAAUGAAUCACAUGAAAGAGCUCAAUCCUAAAGCUUGGAAAGACAUGAUGGAUGUGCCUGCAGCAAGUUGGAGUAGGUCUUACUUCAAGACAAACACACAAUGCGAUUUGCAAGUCAACAACAUGUGCGAAGCUUUUAAUCGAGCAAUAUUGGAGUAUAGGGACAAGCCGAUCAUUUCAUUGCUAGAAGGAAUCAAACAUUACAUAACAGUUAGAAUUUCUACUCAAAAGGAGAAAUUAGGUAGAUGCAAAGGUGUAAUCAGUCCUAACAUUCAAAAAGUGUUGGAAAGAAUAAAGAGGGAGACUGAAGGCUGGAUUGCGACAUGGCAUGCAGAUGAUAACUUUGCUAUAUUUGGGGUUUCAAACGGUGUCGAGACAUAUCCUGUUAAUUUGUUGCAAAAGAAGUGUGGUUGUAGGAGAUGGGACUUAACCGGAAUCCCCUGUUGUCAUGCUAUCUCAUGCAUAUGGUUUGCCAAGAAAGAACCCGAAGAAUUUGUUUCACCAUUUUAUAGGAAAUCUACUGUGUUGGCUACCUAUAUCCAUAUCAUUAUGCCAACCAAUGGCCCUCAACUAUGGCCGGUGAAUGUUGCUCACCCAAUCAACCCUCCAUUCAUGAGGAGAUCUAUCGGUCGUCCAAAAAAGAAUCUCAACAAGGCAAACAAUGAACCGAGAACAAGAAAUACGCUGCCUAGAAGUCUACAAAUUGUCAAGUGCAAGAAAUGUGGUAGCUUUGGCCAUAACAAACAAACGUGUAAAGGGAAGAGAGUCGCAGAGAGAGAGAUUCCUAAAGGUGGAAACAAAAAAGCAAAAAAAGGUGUUGACAAGUCUUUGAAAGUGGGUGCACAAACAAUUAUCGAAGGAGGAUCACAAGCUCCACCACCAACACAAGAAUAA